GAAAGGAAGAGGAAAUACCAAGCCGAUGAUAAAUUUACAAUCGCCAAUGGGAGAGGCAUACCGACAUUUACAAUGCCGCAGACUAAACGACCUGCGCUUGACUGGCAAUCCGGUAAGUCGUUGCAAGAAAGCUUGGAACACUUACUUAGCAAUGACAUCGGGAGUGACGUCACGUUUCUUGUCGGCGUGAAGAGGACAAGAGUCUUUGCACACAAACUUGUUAUCAGCAGCCGUAGUCCCGUAUUCUUUGCUAUGUUCAAUGGGCCACUGGCAGAAACAGGGGAUGUGGAGAUUCCGGAUAUAAAUGUAGAGACAUUCCUCCCUUUUCUGCGCUAUCUAUAUACAGACCAGAUAGACCUAACCGAUCAGGUUGUCGUUCCGGUGAUGAGCGUUGCCCGCAAGUACUGCGUCGAUGUCCUUCUUUCUGUAUGUGGUAAAUACCUACAGAAAAACCUCACACCAGCGAAUGCCUGUUUCCUACUCGAGGUAGCACAUAUUUACACUGAGGAUCGAUUAAUGGCAGCUUGCCUUCAGGUCAUUGGCAAUUCACCACAAGCAAUAUUGAAGUCAGAAUCCUUUGCAUACCUGUGUCCCCAAUGUGUGACCAGCAUAACGGAAUCAGACGAGCUUGCUGUUAAUGAGAGCACCUUGUACAGCGCCGUCAUCAAAUGGGCGGAAAAGGAAUGUGUUCGACAGAAUUUGCAGAUAUCGGGGGAAAACAAGAGAAAAGUACUUGGAGAUAUCCUCAACACCAUUCGAUUUCCGACCAUGGAUCAAGAUUUUUUCCUGGACAAAGUCUACGUGGAUAAAAUACUGAAGAAUGAUGAGAUUGUGGAAAUCCUGAUGUACAUACGGAACAAAGAGAGGGGGUCGUUCACCACCUUCAACACAAAGAGUAGGCGAAUGGUCUAUCCCCAUUAUACAGAGGGAUUCAUACAUGGAAAGAAAACGCAUCGAUAAGAUAGGUCCUCUUGACACUUAAAUGUUUGUUGUAUUUAACUUAUAUAUACAGACUUCACUUCCGGUUCUCUGUAUGCGUACGCAAUGGAAGUAAACAAGAAGCGUAUUAGUCAGGUCAUACACAACCAAUUCAGCCAAUCAGUUGGCGUUUCACAGGACUCACACAACUAUUUCAGCCAAUCAGCUGGCGUUUUGCAGGUCUUGCACAACUAAUUCAGCUAUUCAGCUGGCGUUUUGCAGAUCUCACACAACUAAUUCAGCCAAUCAGUUGGCGUUUCGCAGGUCUCGCACAACUAAAUCAGCUGGCGUCCCUCCUGAACCAAGUCCAGAACAAAAUGUGUUUCCUAGGUUUGUAGCUAUUUCCUGAGUAACUUACACAUGAAAUAGGUACUUUCGUUAUACGAGAAUACAGUGUAGGGUCUUGAAAUUUUGAAAAUUAAAAAUAAACACUCCUAGUAUGAAUAGAAAGACGUAGGAUUCCAUGAGUAAAAAGGCGGGAAUUUCCCAAGGUGGGGGUUCCUCGCCCACUGAAAAUAUCAGAGUUACUGUCUUCCAAGUAUCGAUGUACUUGUUAUAUGCUUUUUAACCCUAUCCAAUAACACCGGAGGGACUCCCACCUGAAAACCCCCGCCUUGCUACACCUUUAGUCCUACGUUAUUUUUCAUUUUAAAACGUAGGGCAUUACAUUAAUUCUCGUAUAAAGAAAGUAGCUACAACAUAUGUUAAUUACUCGAGAAAAUAGCCAUUAACCUAAUAAAUACAUUUUCUUUAUGGACUUGAUUCGGUGCCUUCGUUUUUUUUUUUUAUAGUUUCCACCAUGCUUCUGCUUUCUAUGCAUGAGCGCAGUCUAACGGAGAAAAAUAGUACUAAGGCAGAUAACUCAAUCUAGACCUAAUCGCUGACAUUAACAAUGUACAUAGAAUAAUUUGUAAAAAUAAUUCAUCAAUUUAUCAAAUUUCUCACUAUAAACAUUGUAUAUGUAUGUGAUUGUCGUUAACAAUAAACAAUUUAGAUAAUUGAUGAUUAUAUUGCCUUAAAUAGAAAAAAAAAUGAAAAAAA